AUGUCCAAAGACCUGCUGGCAGAAUUCGGUGACUUCGGUCAAGAUGCGAAGGCUGCAUCGAGCACCAAUCUAUCAAAUCGCUACAGUUCCAACUCAUCCUCGUUUUUUGAGGAUAUCUCUUCUCGUCCCGGGGCGCAGCGAGGACACAGGGCUCUCCGACAUGGUCAAGGCUUGCUCCUCGAUGUGUUCUCUGAUGGAGUAACGCAGAUACAGCAUGAGUAUGCAAUAGACCAGCCUAACGAUGAUUGGGGUGACUUUGAAGACGCCGAACCUUCCGUGGCUCCGUCAAGCACGCAACACGAGUCCAAGACACAGGAAAAGCAGAACCUCGAGGAAUACAUCCAGCAGUCACGGAAGCCAGUCUCGGUACAAACAAGUGCUCAUGAUAAGGCUAAUUCGUUUGACGGCGGACACCAGUCCUCGCGGCGCAGCGAGCCGCUAUACGACGCAUCAGACAAUCGCAGACCGCCUGGAAUAGGCAAUGUACCCCGUGCGAAGGAUCCAAACAUCUUGUUUGAUGCCUCUCAAGAGCUUGGAGAAGAUGAUGAUUUCGGCGACUUUGAAGGUGGGACGCCGGGUCCUGCAGAGUCGGCAGAGGAUCUGGAUAUCUUUGGAAUCAAGUCGAAUAUGGAAGAUCUGAGGCCUGAAGAUCGAGCCUCUGCGCCGGUCAAAGCUUCGAGGACCGCUAUUCCUGCGACCGCUGAACGUCGUUCAAGGAAGCCUCCAAAGCGAGUAGACUAUAUUUCACAGAGUUCACAUGGGAAACCGGCGCCAGCGAGGGCUGUCCGAACUGCAGUAGCUCCAACAAGAGAGCCAUUAACCACCGCCAAGCCUGAAAUACCUGAAGAAUCGUGGGACGACUUUACGGCUUGGGAAGCUCCAGCACCAUUAUCCACCAAGUCGCCAGAUCUCCACGCCGAGCGCUCCGACCUACCACUCGCCGCCCCUUUAGGAAAAUCUGUAACCGAACCGUCGCCUUCCGAUCUUCCACCAACCAACGUUCCACCCCCAGCCCUUCUACUGAGUCUCUUCCCGCCCCUCUUCGUGUCCGCCCAGGAGAAGUUCUUCAAGCCUCUAGCCGCCCAGCCCUACGCCAUUCGGAACCGCAUCCUCGCCGCACCAGCCACCACCACGUUUCUACAAGGCUACCUAGCUCUGGCCACAGUCGCUGCGCGCAUCAUCGCCGGCCGCAAGCUCCGCUGGAAGCGCGACACGCGUCUCGCGCAGAGCAUGAAGAUCGGCCCCUCUUCAGGCGGGAGAUCCACGGGCAUGAAACUGACUGGCGUUGACCGCGGCGAGGAGAGGAAGGAGGAGCGAGAGGUGCUUGAUGUUGUUGGUGCAUGGCAGGAGCAGUUGGGACGGCUGAGGUCCGCGGUUGCGGGCAGUAAGGCGCUGGGAGCAGUGCCGGAGAUCCAUGACGCGAUGCCGGUAAGGAUGGCGAAGCAGAGUGAAGGCGGCGUGCCGGCGCCGAGGUGCUGUGCGCUGUGUGGCCUGAAGCGAGACGAGAGGGUGGGCAAGGUGGACGAGAAUGUAAUUGAUAGUUUUGGUGAGUGGUGGAUUGAGCAGAUGAGUAUGCAUCGAGGUUGUAGGAACUUCUGGGAGCAGCAUAAAGACGAACUUAGGCAGCGGUGA